AAAAUUCAUAUAUAGUGCAUAAAUACCAUAUCAUAAUGAUUUCCCAUUAACCAAACCCUUAUUCUUAUUCCUCUUUUUCUUCAAUCAACAACACUAAAGCACAGUUACCACCCUUCCAACCUUUUGUAGCACGCUUAAUAUACUACUACAACACUUUUUGGUGCAAAAUACUUGCACAAAAAAAAUGAAAUUCUCUGCUUUAUCUGUAGUUUCGAUCUUCAAGAUCGUCCUACUCCUUACAUUAGGUUUGGUGGCCGCAAAUAAUGCAGGGGAGGCUCAGCUUCGUGGUGGUACAGGAGGUAAGGAUCUAGUAAACAAAAGGAAAUACUUCUGGCCAUGGGAUCAGAGAAGAUACUGCAUCUGGCCUUUAUUUCGUUGCCGCCAACCUGAUCAACCUCCUGCAGCAGCCACUUCACCACCACCAUCUCUGCCAAUACCACCUAUACCUUUACUCUCACCGCCGUCAUCUCUGCCAAUACCACCUAUACCUUUACUCUCACCGCCAUCAUCUCUGCCUACAGAACCUAUACCAUUACUCCCGCCGCCAUCAUCUCUGCCUGCUCUUCCACCACUAACAAACAUCCCAACUGGGCUGAUUUUUGCAGACAUCAGACUUGCAGUGGUUUAUCCUAUCAUCCAAAACUUUAAAAACAUUAUUACUUCAGAUCCUUUAGGGAUCACGAAAACAUGGGUAGGAUCUGACAUUUGUAGAUACAAAGGUUUUUUCUGUGAUACACCACCAAAUAACGCGAGUGCUACAGCAGUCGCAUCCAUAGACUUCAAUGGUUAUGGCCUCAGUGCCCCAUCAUUAGAUGGCUUCAUAGACCAACUCCCUGAUUUAGCCCUUUUCCAUGCCAACUCAAACUCUUUUAGUGGCACCCUUUCAUCAAAAAUAGCCAAUCUCCCUUAUCUCUACGAACUAGACCUUAGCAACAACCAAUUCACAGGUCCAUUCCCUCUCGCUGUGGUGGGCAUGGAGAGCUUGAGUUUCUUAGACAUUCGAUUCAACCAAUUUUCAGGGUCAGUCCCUCCUGCAAUUUUCACACAACAUCUUAAUGUUCUCUUCCUUAAUGACAACAAUUUUGUGUCAGCUUUGCCUUCAUCUCUUGGAAAUUCACAUAUAUUGUAUCUCACCUUAGCCAACAACAAGUUCACAGGUCCACUACCACGCGACAUAGCCAAAGCAUUGUCAGCGUUAACGGAAGUACUGUUAAUGAACAACCAGCUAACUGGUUGUUUACCUUACGAGCUUGGCUUCCUUAACCAAGUGACUGCAUUCGAUAUCAGCCACAAUAAGCUCACUGGUCCCCUGCCGUUUUCACUAGUUUGUAUGGAGAGGGCGUCACUGCUUGAUUUCUCAGAGAAUUUGCUCUAUGGCAUGGUGCCAGACAUGAUUUGUCAGUUACCAAAUCUGGCUAAAUUAUCUCUGUCAUAUAAUUAUUUCAACCAAGUUGGUCCAUUUUGUAGGAACUUGAUUGAUAGGGGAAUUUUGGAUGUGAAAAACAAUUGCAUCCCCGGUCUACCUUCCCAACGAUCAGUGUUUGAUUGUACCAAUUUCUUCGCCAUGCCUAGGAUCUGCCCUUACUCGGGAACAUAUAAAAUUAUCCCUUGUAAACCUCACUUCAUACAUUAAGGAUUCUCAGCCAAAUCAUUGUUGAUGUAAAUGUUUUAUAAUUUGAUCAUAUAUAGUUACUGUCUUUAUUAAUUAGUUUUAUUUAUUUCUUUUCA